AGGUCUAUAAUACGCGUCAUUCCAAAUUGGAAUGGAUCAUUUGAAUAAUGGAAAAGUCGUUCUGCGUGAGAUGAUGUCACGCGUUUUGCCCCGGUAUUUUGGGGGCCCUCUUCAAAACAUGCCUAUCUCCGACUUUAGAAAAAAGAAACUCCUCUACGUAUUUCACGUGUUCUUUGACGUGAACCAGAGUGGCACCAUCGAUAGGAAGGAUUUUGAACUGGCAAUAGAGAAAAUUUGCACGCUAAGGGGAUGGUCGUCAGGAACUGAAAAUUACAAGAAAACUUAUGAAAGCAUGAUCCAAAUCUGGGAUGGAUUAAGGCAGAGAGCUGAUUCCAAUAAGGAUGGACAAGUGAGUGUCGAGGAAUGGGCCCAGAUGUGGGAUGAGUAUGCUCGCAAUCCGGAAAACGCUCUCGAAUGGCAAACUCAAUAUUUGCGCUUCAUGUUCGACCUGGAGGAUGCCAGCGGCGACGGUAGCAUUGAUGUUGACGAAUUUACCAGCGUCUGCUCCUGUUAUGGCCUAAAAACAUCCGAAUGCCGGGAGGCUUUUGAAAAAAUGUCACAGGGCCAACAUCAAGUAAACUACGACCAAUUUGAGUUACUAUGGAAACAAUUUUUCAUGUCUGAAAAUACAUCCGAUCCAGGAAACUUCAUUUUUGGCAAAACAAAAUUUUAAAUUGAUUUUUUGGAAAAUCUAUGUUUUCAUUUCUAUUUUAUUUCUUCUUAUAUUUGUAGUACUUUAGCAGAAAUAGCAUAUCCUACCCACUAUUAUCUUUGUCUCUGCUACCCACCCUGACAGCUAAAAAUCGACCUACUAUCGCCAAUACUUUUACUAUUAUUGUAACAGUAAGUUGUUUAGGCUAAGCAUUAAAACUAUUAAGAUAAAAAAAAUAUUUUAAUAUUUUUCUUGCUGAUAUUUGUAUUGGAUGUUAAAAACGAAUUUAUAUAAAUGAUAUAUUUAAUGUUGUCGUUAAGAAUAAGCAAAUCACUUUUAUAACCUGUUAUAGUCAAUGCAUAUGAACUAUAACUACUGUAGUGUUACUUGUAGAUUAUUUAAAAUUACCAGGUAAAAAUAGCAAACGAA